UCCGGUUUGGAGAGGGCCCAACUCCGCCCCAGGUGUCAAUGAGCUCAACAAUGAAGCUGCCCACAGCAGCCGUGCUCCUGGGGCUACUCAUGGUCACCACACAGCAGGAACGAAAAAAAACGUGUGUGCCCAAGGCCCUCUCCAACACUGAUAUCCUCUUGUGCAACGGCCUUGAAGUUUUGUACCCAGAGCUCGGGAACAUCAGCUGCAGGUAUGUCCCCGACUGCAGCAACUACAGACAGAAGAUCACCUACUGGCUCCAGCCCAUCGUCAGGUUCCAGGGAGCCUUAGAGGAUGCAACCUACACCCUGAUCAUGGUGGACCCCGACGCUCCCAGCAGGUCUUCUCCCACAGCUCGCUUCUGGAGACAUUGGCUGGUAACAGAUAUCACCGGUACGGACUUGAAGAAAGGACAGAUUCAGGGCCAGGAGCUGUCAUCCUACCAUCCGCCGUCCCCACCAGCACAUACUGGCUUCCACCGCUACCAGUUCUUCAUCUACCUCCAAGGAAGAAAGCCCAUCUCUCUCCUGCCCAAAGAAAAUAAGACCUGAGGCUCUUGGAAUCUGAAAAAAUUUCUGCACCGCUUCCACUUCAGUGAACCCGAAGCAUCCACGCAGUUCUUGACCCAAAAUUACCAUGACUCUCGGCGCCCCAAAUCUUCUGGAGGAAGCAGGAGUGGGCACAAGGACAAGCCCUAGCUGGGAUAACUGGAUGCUGAGCCUUGGGCUCUGUCUUCCAGGCGUGUGCUCACCUUGGCACCUGCAGUGGGCUAGCCCCUGGGAAUGCAGCCCCUUAUCUUCCCAAACAACUAAAGAGAACAAGAUCACCCA